CCCCUGAGCUCUCCCCUUGUCACUGCACAAGGGCCCGCUCCGCCCUCAGAGCCGGGCUCCCCCCGGGUAUGGGUAGAAACAUCGGCUCCGCCCCUGGACACCAGGCAAGGGGCGGUACAAGGGUCUGUUUCACCCGGGGCGGUCACCCCUUUUAAGCCAAAGUCUUCGGAGAAUCUCACCCAAAUCAUGACGAAUCUGGAGAAGCCUAAUAUCACAGGCCACAUGUUCGACGUAGUCGUGAUUGGAGGCGGCAUCUCAGGGUUAGCUGCUGCCAAGCUCUUGUCUGAACAUAAAAUCAAUGUCUUGGUUUUGGAAGCCCGUGACAGAGUUGGAGGAAGAACACAUACUGUGAGGAAUGAGCACGUUUCAUGGGUAGAUGUUGGCGGAGCCUAUGUGGGACCAACCCAGAACAGAAUCUUACGCUUGUCUAAAGAGCUAGGCAUAGAGACUUAUAAAGUGAAUGUCAAUGAGCGUCUGGUUCAGUAUGUCAAGGGGAAAACUUACCCAUUUCGUGGUGCCUUUCCACCUGUGUGGAAUCCCUUGGCCUAUUUGGAUUAUAACAACCUGUGGAGGACAAUGGAUGAAAUGGGAAAAGAGAUCCCCUUUGAUGCACCGUGGCAAGCACCACAUGCUGAGGAAUGGGACAGGAUGACCAUGAAAGAUCUCUUUGAUAAAAUCUGCUGGACAAAAACUGCUCGGGAAUUUGCUACUCUUUUUGUGAAUAUCAAUGUGACUUCUGAGCCACAUGAGGUAUCUGCCCUGUGGUUCUUGUGGUAUGUGAAGCAGUGUGGUGGCACCACUCGGAUAUUCUCAGUCACCAAUGGAGGCCAGGAACGGAAAUUUGUAGGUGGAGCUGGCCAAGUAAGUGAACAGAUGAUGAAAAUCCUUGGGGAAAAAGUGAAGUUGAGCUCUCCUGUUACUUAUAUUGACCAAACGGAUGACAACAUCAUUGUAGAGACACUGAAUCAUGAACACUACGAGUGUAAAUAUGUAAUUAGUGCCAUCCCACCAAUUUUGACGGCCAAGAUCCACUUCAAACCAGAACUUCCACCUGAGAGAAACCAGUUAAUUCAGCGUCUUCCAAUGGGGGCUGUCAUCAAGUGCAUGGUGUAUUACAAGGAAGCCUUCUGGAAGAAAAAGGACUAUUGUGGAUGCAUGAUCAUUGAAGAUGAGGAAGCACCAAUUUCAAUCACUCUGGAUGACACCAAACCAGAUGGGUCACUGCCUGCCAUCAUGGGCUUCAUACUUGCCCGGAAAGCUGAUCGACUUGCUAAGCUACAUAAAGAAAUAAGGAAGAGGAAAAUCUGUGAGCUGUAUGCCAAAGUUCUGGGAUCUGAAGAAGCUUUAUAUCCAGUCCAUUAUGAGGAGAAGAACUGGUGUGAAGAGCAGUACUCCGGCGGCUGCUACACAGCCUACUUCCCUCCUGGCAUCAUGACCCAGUAUGGAAGGGUGAUUCGCCAACCAGUAGGCAGAAUUUACUUUGCAGGCACGGAGACAGCAACACAGUGGAGUGGCUACAUGGAAGGAGCCGUCCAAGCUGGAGAACGAGCAGCUAAAGAGGUCUUGAAUGCUCUAGGAAAAGUUGCCAAGAAAGACAUAUGGGUUCAAGAGCCUGACUCCAAGGAUGUUCCAGCAUUCGAAAUUACCCAUACGUUCUUUGAGAGGAACCUGCCUUCCGUGCCUGGUCUACUAAAGAUCACUGGUGUUUCCACCUCUGUGGCUCUUGUCUGCUUUGCCUUGUACAAGUGUAAACUGCUGCUGUGAUCCUGAACUUUUUCACCCUCGGGCCUCCUGCUUGAUCAUCCUUAGAGCCAUCACCAUCAAAAGGAAAAGGUGGAUGAAUUACAGCCUGUGUCAUUGGGCCAUUUAAGUGCACUUGAUUUAAUCCUCCUCAGUUUAAUCUCAGUCUUCGUAAAGUGAUAACAAUCCAAAGAAUUAAUUACCUAUCUGAUUUUAGUAAGAUCAAGUUUCAUCCUGUUUGUUAGACUACUUCAUGUUGGUUGAUAGAAUAAAAUGCUGUGAGUGCUUAAAUUAUAAAAUGGCGAAGUACUUACUUGUGAAGAAUAAUUUCUGGGGUCUGCUUUUCUUGCCUUUAAUGCAACAUAGUUGAUGGUUUCAGAAAUAAAACACUUGCUUACUGUGAUUUAUGUGUAGCUACCCAGAUGUGCAGAGUAAAAUAGUGGCUGAAAUGUUCCCUAGGUGUCCUCACUGACUAGUUCCAUAUGAGACAAGCUACAAUAGGCACCUUCUUUUCUGGACUGUAUCUAAACGUGAAUUGGCCCUUGUCAGUAACAUUCUGUGCUUAUUUAAGGAAAUUAGCAUUUUUUCAGGUGUUCUCUGGCUGUCUGAUAAUAAAAUUGGAUCUCCAAUUCUACGUGUCUUCAAUAUGGUUAAAUAUUAGCAUGCCAUUUUUUCUCAAGUGCCAAAGGACACGUGAAAUUUUCUCUAUUGUUAUGUAUUGAGACAGUCAAAUACAGAAAUGAAAUUAGGGCUCAAUCUGAUAAUAUUACUUGUUUUAAUUAUUUGGUUUUAUAACAAACAUUUAAUUGAAUGAUUUCAUAUAUCCAGACUGAGUUUUCAAUCUUAGGAGUAUUGUGGGCCUGGAAUGGUGCCUAUUAUUCUCUUUCCCAUUUGAAAAACUGUUAAUUAAAAAAAAUUUCCAAAGGUUUCUCUACAAAGCACUUCCUUUCUAAAAAAUGUAAAUGUGUUUCUUAUUUAAGAACAAUUAAAAGAUUGCCAGCACAUGCUAGCCAACCCAAGUUCAUGACACUAGCUUUAUCAGAAAUGUAAACUUAAGCCUCUGGAUAGUGAUUUGAAGAUGUAAGAUCUUUCAAGUUUUGCCCAUUCUAAGAGCAAAGAUCUAGAUUUUCUGCCCUGCAUUAUCUUGCAAUUCAAAGGCUUGCGUGAUAUCUUAUGUAUUCCCCAGUAUAUAAGGAAUUGCCUGGAUCCAUCCAUAUCAAACUGCAGUGCAAAUUCUCAUCACUAAUCUGUUAGAUUUGUGUGUAUUAACUUACUGAUUAACUCAGUACUGACACACCCUGAGCAAGGAUUUAAACAGCUGAACUGGCAAGGGUUCCAACAGUAUUCAGAUUAUUAGCAUUGAACUAUGGAACGUUGAAAAUCUCCUGAGUUUGCUCUUCUGCUUCUUAGAAAUCCAAUUAACUCAUCCUAAUGAUAUUAAUCCUAUUAAGCCACAGCUUGUGUAUUAAAAUGAUUUCUAGUACAGAUGUGCUUAUACAUGUAAUGAGAGUUGAAAAACAUCAUAUGCGAGGCUGUCUACCGCAAAGAUAUCAUAGAUCUUCUCUCUGAAACAGAGAAAAAAGUCAUUUUAAGAGGUUGAUCAUCCCCUUCACAGUUCUGAAGGCCAAUUGGCCUUUUUCCAUAGUUAGGAUGAGAAUUAGACUUAAGAAAUACACCUUUUUGCCUCAGCUGGAAAAUAUGAUCUCAUAUUAUGGUGAAAAAAUUAAACUUUACUGAAGGACUGUGUAAACUAUGUUUUGUUUGAUGGUCAUGAUCUUGGUGCCUAAUGUUCAUGUCCAAAGUUGGCCCCAGUGCUACAUGUGGGUAUAUGUACAUGUAUGAUUUGCCACUGAAGUAAGAUUUUGUCUGUAUGGUACUGGGUUUUGUUGUUGUUAAUAAAAUGUGAUACCACCCUUCCAUCA